CUCAAUCUCUCGCUUCUCUACUGCCACGUCAGCAGAGACGGUCUUGAAUCACCUCCACAGAAAUGGCGGCAAAAUUGAGAAAACCCUAGACUCAAUGAGGCUCAAUUUGGACGCCAAAUGUGUAAGUCAGGUCUUACAGAGAUGCUAUCCCACCCAAUCCCAAUUGGGUCUUAGAUUUUUCAUAUGGGCUGGGGUUCACUCCAGUUAUAGGCAUAGCUACUUUAUGUUUAGUAAAGCUUGUGACUUGUAUAAGAUUAGGGAAUACCCAAGUUUGAUUUUUGAUGUUUUGGAGGCUUAUAGUGCUGAAGGUUGCUCUGUUAGUGUUAAGAUGUUUAAAGUUUUGUUUAAUGUGUGUAAAGAAGCUAAGCUUGCUGAUGAGGCUUUGAGGGUUCUGAGGAAAAUGCCGGAGUUCGGGUUGCGAGGGGAUAAUGUGGUGUAUAAUGUUGUUAUCAGGCAGUUUUGUGAGAAGGGUGAUAUGGAUAUGGCUGAGAGUUUGGUGAAGGAGAUGAGUGAGGUGGAGCUUUAUCCGGAUUUGAUCACGUAUAUGGUGAUGAUUAAAGGGUUCUGUAAUGUGGGUCGGUUGGAUGAUGCAUGUGGACUGUUUAUGUUUAUGAAGGAAAAUGGUUGUGUGCCGAAUGUUGUGGUGUACUCGGCGCUUCUUGAUGGAUUCUGUAGGUUUGGGGAUAUGGAGAGAGCCUUGACGUUGUUGGAGGAGAUGGAGAAGGAAGGUGGGGAUUGUGGUCCUAAUGUAGUAACAUAUACGACUGUGAUUCAGUGUCUUUGUAACAAGCAUCGGUCAGUGGAGGCAUUGCUUGUUUUGGACCGGAUGGAAGCUCGUGGUUGUUUACCAAAUCGCGUCACGGUUAGUACUUUGAUCACAGGUCUUGUUAAGGAGGAUCAAGUUGAGCACGCUUAUAAGUUGGUUGAUAGAGUUGUUAAAAGUGGAAGUGUUACAAAAACUGAUUGCUACAGUACUUUUGUUGUGUCUUUGGAAAGAGUUGGAAGACCUGAAGAGGCAGAGAAAGUCCUUAGGAUGAUGCUUAAUAGUGGGGUUAAACCGAACAGUUUGGUGUGUACCAUUAUGUUAAAAAAAUGUUGUUUGGAGGGACGUAUGGUGGACGCAUAUUGCUUAUUUGGUGAACUUGAGAAGAUGGAAUGCUUAUCUUCUAUUGAAUCUGAUACUUAUUCUAUUCUUUUGUUGGGGCUUUGUCAGCAAAGACACUUGGUGGAGGCUGCAGAGCUUGCAAGGGUAAUGCUCAGUAAAGGAAUUAAACUAAAAGGUCCAUAUGUUGAUAUUAUAUCUGAGGUCCUGGUGAAAUCUGGAGACGAAGAGUUAGUUAAACAAUUGACAAGGAAUUGAAGGUGACAUUGAAGAAAAUACAAUGUUCAGGUCGCCUUGGCUCUUGUUUGUUAAUAAAUCCACUCAUGUUCUUCAGCUCAAAGACUUCUCAAUACUUGAGUUGAGUUGGUAGUAUUUGCAACAGAUGAGUACUUGUUCCAAUCUGGCAUAAAAACCAUUUUCGUGGAGGUGGAAGUAAAUAAAGGCAGAUCCUGACAAACUUUUACAUUGUAGACCGGAUCUGUUUGGAAACCUUAAAAGAACCUGAGAGGGUCUGAAUUUGAAGUCCAAGAAGUUAUCUAGGAAUAUCUGACGGCCAGAUUAAGAAGUACUCUUGAUAAAAGAUUCUGUGUCAUGAAGUGGCAAUCAGUGAGGUAGUUAUUCUGAGUAUGUGGAGUUCAUCAUAAAGUUGGUGGGUUACAACAGGAAGCAAGCUGCACCUUAAUUUGAUAGCAAGCACCAACAGCAGUACUUGAAGGUUCAUCAUAUCCAGGUGCACCUCAUCAACCAAAAGCUUCUCUUGUUAGCUACUGG